UUCUCACUAUCCCACACUGUACAGCGAAUAGUCAACAAACUUUCAAAUCAGAUUCUUUAUAAAUUUCUGUCAACAUGUUCUUGCGCUUUGUGAAAGGGUGGAGUGAACGUUGUCGACGUUAAUAUCGUAUUUUCUGUUUCAGAUUGAAACAUCCAUACAGUGUUUUAUUGUAUUACAGACAUCAAGACCGUGCUUUCUUUGGUUGCACAAACUAGCUGAAAUGACAAGAUUAUUUACUUCGGAUAAUGUACAGGAUCGAUUUCUUUUCAUUUAACCUGACGUUUCCAAACUUGACACAUUGCCAAUGAGAAAAAAUGAGUUAAUAUUGAUCAGUGAGCUGCUCUGGCGGCCGGUUGCCAGGCUACCAGUGACGUUGUGCAUUCUGGGAGUAAGAUGGCGGCGCGUGUCGUGAGCUGGUGCUUGCGUCUGAGUAAAACCUUCCGGAUCGGCCCGAAAAACUUGGACAAAUUUCAGAAGUUUGGAGUGGGAUCAAGCCUGUCUGCACAGUGUAGAUCUGUGCAUACUUCUGGUUCCUGUCAAGGGCUGGAUGAGUUCUUUGAUGACGCUAAGAACUGGGGAGAACCGACUGUAAAAUCUGGUGCACCUUGGACAGCAAAACAACUACGAAUAAAAAGCAAUGAAGAUUUACACAAGCUCUGGUACAUUCUUCUCAAAGAAAAGAACAUGCUUUUGACUUUAGAACAAGAAGCAAAGCGACAACGAUUACAAAUGCCCAGUCCAGAGCGUUUAAAGAAAGUAGAACGGUCUAUGGCUAGAAUUGACUCAAUCGUUCAAGAACGUGAAGAUGCUCUAAGGUUGCUGCAGACUGGGCAGGAGAAAGGCCGUCCCGGCGCUUGGAGGAAGGACAUCUUUGGGCAAAAUCUUUGGUACAAGUUUAAGGAAUGGCCUAUUCCUUGGUACCUAAACAAGAUAUACAGAAGGAAACAAUUUUACACACCACCAUUCGUGGAUAUUUUUGUUAGACGACGUAUUGAGAAGCACCUACGUAAAAUCAACAAUGCCAGAAAGGCAAAAAUGGAGGAAGAGAAAGUACUAAAAGAAAAAUUCCAACGUUACUCUGCAUCAAAUUAACCUUGCACUGAAAGAUAAAUUUGUAUAAAAGAUAUAAUUGCUUACACAAUUCACUUAAUUUAAAUAUGAAACCCCUGUGAGCAUGUUGCCAAGUGCACAGGUAAUGGAAAAAUUUUUAAACAGCAGUUAGGGAUAAUUAAGAUUAUCGCAAGUACAUUUAUUCUAUUGUACUGUACCUCCAGACUUACCCUUGGCAAACAUGUAAACAACUGAUAUCAUUUAAAAGGCACAAGAUAAACUGUUAAUCCGUACAGUGUAGAAAACAUAACCAGCUACAAAAAUAUCACUAGUUAACAAUAUUUGGUGUUCCCUGAAAAUGGUGUGAUUUGUAUCUAAAUACAAAUAGUAAAUUGUAAGUUUAUAAACACAUCUUUGGGGGUCUGGUUGAUUAGUAAAAUUAGCUGAACGAUUUAAAAAACCUUUAUAAAAUAUACAUUAUCUAUCCACUAUACAAUGAAGUCCAACAGGUUUGGCACUGUUGCGGAGGACCAUAGUUGGGGCAUCAAAAAAACUGGUAAAAACUUCACAGGUGAUGUAUCUAUAAUAUUGUUAAUUAAGGGCAUUUCCUUUCAACACAUUGUUUUCCUCCUUCUUCAUAUUCCUGUUUGGAAAUCCACAUUUGUUGGAAUGUACCCUUCAAGACAAAAAAUGUAGGUAACUGUUAGUGGAUUGGUCAUUGACAAUUAUUUUACACAUCUUAGCAAUAAAAAAACUUCAGAUCCAGAAAGCAGACAGGAGUGCUACUUACUUGAUUUCUUAGCACUGCAACCUCAGGUUUUUGUUUAGACAUGGCAGACUUUAAACAACAGUAUUGUUAUGCAAAGACAACUGAGGAAAUGGACAAGCCAGUAUCAGACAGAUAGGGGUUGUAGUCAAUGGAGUGAAAAUGUAAAGUGGAACGUUGAGGGGUCAGAGUGGAAGCCGAGAAAAAAAAAAAUUCAAAAGGAGCAGACACAAACAGUGCCAAAAUCCAUAAUUUUCAAAAGGCAGGGUGUGCAGGUAGAGAACACAAUGGAGUUCCAGUUAUGCAAGGAAGUGGUUGAGACUUUUUGAAACAAAAAAGUCAAGGGAUACAAACAUUGCUGGUAAAGCCACCAUCCUCCACUGCCAUCAAAAAUUAUGGUAGGAGGAGCAGUAAAUUCUUCAACUGGGAAAGCUUUAUUAUACCAGAAAUAUCAAUAAAAAUCUCAUAAGAUUAGUCACAAAGGACAUACUCAAAAACCCUACAAAAUGAAAUAACUUGCACAAAACUAAAUCCAUAAGCUCAUAGAUAAAUAAUAUUGACUAAGGGCUCAAAUCUGUGCAGCAGUCAAAUGCCUGGCAGAAACAGGCCAAUUUACUGAAACUACUGCACAAGAACCAACUGUAUACAGUCAGCUUAAGAAAUGCACCUCUAUAGAUGGGAAACAAAAUCAAGAGCUGUUGCUCCAUACACGGGCAGUUUUGUACUUUCUUCUAAUAGAAGCAAUCAGAAGCAGUUGGAAAGGCAAGUGGCAAUAUUGAGACAGCUGGAGUUUGGAAGGGGAAAAAGAUAGUUUAAAGAAAAUAUGUAAAAUACUUAAGCAAGACAAAAGCAAAAGCCAGCAAUUAUUACUCACCAAAGAGGCUAGAAUAGAGCCACCAAUCCAGGAGCUAAAUCUGCGUUCCACUGUGGUGUUAUUGGCCAUUAACUUCAAACGCAUGCUCUGAAAAUAAAUGAUUUAGGCAUUACUUACAGUCUAAUAUUUGAUCAGCCACACGCAGUGUAUUUUAAAAAUAUUAUUGUUGAACUGAUUUCUGAAAUCUAAAGUAGUAACAUUCAGUCAGAAUCUGAAGUCAUUCCCUACUCAGAACUGUUUUACGUUUUUCAAAAAAAAUUCAGGUGAAAUAACUUGUGCAUUUUUUCCAACAUGCAGCUGAACAGUGGCAAGGAUCUUAAAACGGUUUUAAUGCAAAUGUAGUGUGUGAUUUUGAUGAGACUUUUUCAACUUCAGUUAUCUACAGUUAAAUUUUAGUUGUACUAAUCAAACCUUUUCACUUCAUUGCCAAGGUUUCAAAAGUGUAUUUUGUAUCUCUCCAUUGCUCCUGAGGUUUUAGUGGGCCACACUUAAACUAGGUGCUAAAUCGCAAAACAGUUAAAAAGUAAAAUUUAUGUCCCAAAUUUUCAGUAAAACAGAAGACAGAUUAUCUGUACUCCUCACUCAGUGAAAAUUCAACCAGAAACUUAGUGAUCACAUGUGCAAAGUUAAAUUUGGAAAUUAGUAAUUGCUCUUCCAGAAGAUACAUUACACCAAUAUCUCACCAAGAAAUUUAGCAAUGAAACUUAUUUAAGGGAGUAAGAUUGCAACAGCUACAAAACAUAUCUUCUAGUAAGUACUCCAAAACAAGUUAGGUUUGUCUUAACUAUUAUCAGUCUUCCCGGCAGUGAAAACUAACUUUGUCAAGUCUGGAAUUUCAUUCCUUCAGAAUUCAACUUAUCUUAGAUUUUCCUUAAAAAAUUAAAAAGCCAUCCAUUUCCCUUAAAUUAAUCUCUUAGACCGACAGAAUUUACUUGCCCAACAGUUCCUGGUUCAGGCUACACACCUCACUAAGGAUUUGUCAGUCUAAUUGAACAAAGCAAGCAAAUCUAUCAGAACCACAUGCACAUCAAAGAUCCUGUGAAGGCUUUAGCACAGAAAUUAUUUUCUAAUCAUCACAUGUUCCAUUACAAAAAUGUUUAGGAAAUCUAUGAGCAAACUGUAAGUGUAAUAAUUUGCUGGCAUCUUAGUUUGCUGCUGACUAAGUUCAGAUUUUAAAAAAAUAUAUAUUACUAGUUUGUAUCUCAGUCCAAAUUGUCCUUUUGCAAGCAAAAUAAGUAUUUAUUAGAAUUAAGUAUAAGCUAAUUAUUCAUUAUGCAAGAAACUAAUAUUUUCACUUUGGAGACAUUCUUUGAAAUGGAUACUCACAGGUGGCGUUUUCUGGGAGAGCUCCCUGUUCAAACGGUCUGUGAAGCUCUGUAUUAAUGUGUUUCCACCUGCUGCAAUCACACUGCCAUAUAAACCCUGAGAAAAACACCACAAACAAUAGAUAAUAACAGCCAAGUAGUAGGGAUAAAUCCAACAUAAGUUGCUGGUUGGUACAAUAUUCGAUGAACUGUUGUCCACAUUUCAUCUGUGAAAGAUCUGGGUGGAAUGUUUGAUCCAUGUCCUCCAGUCCUAGAUUUCUUAACCAGUGGAAAUAGAUGUUCUUUAUUUAGCCUGUUCUGUUAAAGACUUAAUAAAAUAUCCCCUUAAUCUUCAAAA